GCCCUCGCUGCUGCCUCGGCGGUCGCUGCGUGGCCAUGCCCGCCCGCCUCUGACGCCCUUCCCGCCGGCGCUGCCCCGCCCGCUGGUCCGCUUGACGAGGGGCGGGUGAUGCUCCGUUGCUGGGCGUCCCUAUGCAACAUGCAACUCGGGCUGGUCGGCGGCGAGCGCGCGCGGGCGGCUUGACGGGCGGCGACCUGGAUGGUGGGGCGGGAUCCGGGAGACGUGGGCGCGACCCCCCCGCCAUGAGCUCCUCCCUCGCGGGCGUGCCGCUGCUGCUGCUGCUGCUGUUGACCCUGGUGGCUGCGGUGGGCGGCGAGACGCGCAGCCCGCGCUUCGUCACCACCAAGUACGGCAAGCUGCGCGGCUCCAUCCGCGCCCUCCCCAACAAGUACCUGCGGCCCGUCGAGGUGUUCCUGGGCAUCCCCUACGCCACGCCGCCCACGGGCUCCAACCGCUAGCCCACCCGCACGCCCAGCCCGUGGGCGGGCGAGCGCAUGGCCGACAAGUACGGGCCCGUGUGCCCGCAGCACCUGCCCGACAUCUGGGAGGACCAGGCCGAGCUCUCCGUGCCGCGCGCGCGCAUGCAGCACGUGCGCCGCCUGGCCAACUACCUGACGCACCAGGAGGAGGACUGCCUCUACCUCAACGUCUACGUCCCUUCCUUCGUGGCAGACACGACGGGACACCGGGCGCUCCCCGUCGUGGUCUACAUCCACGGCGAGAGCUUCGAGUGGGGCGCCUCCAACCCUUAUGACGGUUCGGUCCUCGCUGCCUACGGGGACGUCAUUGUAGUCACCCUCAACUACCGCCUAGGGCCCUUAGGUCUGCUUUUCCCCCCCCCCCCCCUCCAAACCGAUCGGAACGCGGACCCGAGCGGCCGCGGCCACGUCAUGAACCACGGCCUCAUGGACCAGAUCGCGGCGCUCCACUGGGUGCAGGAGAACAUCGGGGCGUUCGGCGGCGACGCCGGCAGCGUGACCCUGGUGGGCCACGGCACGGGCGCCGCCUGCAUCCACUUCCUGAUGGCGUCGGCGGCGUGGUGCCCCCUCUUCCACCGCGCGGUCUUCAUGUCCGGCUCUGGCGCUCAGCUCCUGGGCCACGUCGGCAGCCCCACCCACUACGCCCUCAAGUUCGGCCGCGCCCUCAACUGCACCACCAACCUGCCGUCGGGCAUCAGCCUGCACGACCCCGAGUUCACGCCCUCGAACGACGAGCUCGACCAGAUGGUCAACUGCCUGAAGGACAAGUCGCUGGACGAGCUGCAGGCCGUGCACAUCUCGGCGCCGCAGUUCCUGUACGCCUUCGGGCCCAGCGUCGACGGCAUCGUGAUCAAGCACGACUACCGCCGCGAGAUGCGCAAGCGCGCCGACGAGAUGAGCAAGGAGUACGACCUCCUGUUCGGCGUCGUGCCCAACGAGGCCUACAACGCCUUCAGCGACAGCGACAUCGAGAAGGGCUUCGACGUGGGCAAGCGCGACCGCAUGUUCCGCACGAUGGUCCGCAACUCGUACGACUACCACCUGAACGAAGUGUACAUCUCGGUCGUGAACGAGUACACGGACUGGGAGAAGCCCGAGCCGCACCCGACGGCCACCCGCGACGCCACCAUGGACGCCCUCAGCGACGCGCAGUACGUCGCCCCGCUGCUCAGCACCGCCAACAACCUGCGGAUCGGGGACAAGAACCAGUUCUUCUACGUCUUCGACCACACCGCCACGCACUCGGACAAUCCCUACGCGGUCAAGAAAGCAGUGCACGGGGACGAACUGCCUUACGUGUUCGGCGCUCCCCUCGUAGGCGAACUCGGGGUCUUCGCGGGGAACUGGACGCGAGAGACCAUCAUCAUAUCUGAAGCGAUGCUCACUUACCUCACCAACUUCGCCAAGACGGGGAACCCAAACUUUCGUUCUGGACAGGAUAUGAACAAUCAGGCGAGAGAGAAGAACCGGUUCAAGAACCUGGAGUGGCAGAAGUAUGACCCUAUAUACCAGAAGUACUUGGAAAUAG